AUGGCGGAGAAACCGGAACCACGUCGCAUCCAUGCAAACAGCUGCACAAGCGGUCAGCAGAGACCGACACCGGAGAACUACCACUCAAGCACAUCCAUGUGCGCAUAUAGAGAGGACCCUCAAAGUGAGAGACAUGGCACCUGCGACGAACCCCUGUACACUGAUCCUCUCAGAGCAUCGCGAGGAAGCAGACUCACACUUAUCGAUAGCCCGCAGCUGUGA